AUGGAGGGCAGCGGGGGCGCCGCGGCGGAGCAGCAGCAUUUCCUCAGCGGGGAAGCGGAGCAGCAGCCCGGGGCCGAGGCGGAGGCGGCGGGGCCGGGAGCGGAGGGCGGCGUCCCCGCCCCGCGGCAGCGCUCCCUGCGGGCAGUGUAUGUGCUGAACGACAGCCCGAAAGCCGGGGCCGGGGCGCGGAGCCCGGAGGCCGGGGCGCUGCAGUGCCUGGUGCGAGCCUGCGAGGCGCAGGGAGCCCAGCUCACCACGGUCAACUUCGGGGAGCUGGACUUCGGGGAGACGGCGGUGCUGGACGCCUUCUACGACGCAGAUGUUGCAGUAGUGGAUAUGAGUGAUGUUUCCAGACAGCCAUCACUCUUCUACCACCUUGGUGUGCGUGAAAGCUUUGAUAUGGCCAAUAAUGUUAUACUCUACCAUGAUACCGAUGCUGACACUGCGCUGUCACUUAAGGACAUGGUAUCUCAGAAAAACACACUGGCUGCAGUUGCCAACCACAAAGCUUUUCUUCGGGUUCAAGUGCCUCCUGAGUACCACAGUGGUUAUGUGAUAGGCAAAGCUUCCAGUGGGAAUUACUAUUUUAUUCCAUACAUUGUAACACCUGCUGCUGAUUAUUUUUGCUGUGAAAGUGAUGCCUUGCGGAGGGCCUCUGAGUACAUGCAGCCUAACUGGGACAACAUCCUGGGACCGCUCUGUGUUCCACUGAUGGACAGGUUUAUUUGUCUUCUGAAGGACAUUCACGUUACAUCAUGUGCAUAUUGCAAGGAAACACUGUUGAAUGAUAUUAGAAAAGCUAGAGACAAGUAUCAAGGAGAUGAACUAGCAAAGGAGCUGGCCAGGAUUAAGCUCCGUAUGGAUAAUACCGAAGUCCUGACUUCUGACAUUGUCAUAAACCUGCUUCUUUCUUAUCGAGAUAUCCAGGACUAUAAUGCUAUGGUGAAGCUGGUGGAAACACUGGAAAUGCUGCCUACCUGCGAUCUGGCUGAUCAGCACAACAUUAAAUUUCAUUAUGCAUUUGCAUUGAAUCGCAUGCCCAACACCUUCAUGGAUGGAAGAACCAGAAGGAACAAUACAGGCGACAGAGGGAAGGCAUUACAAGUGAUGCUUCAAGUCCUGCAGACGUGUGAUCACCCUGCUCCAGAUAUGUUCUGCCUGUGUGGGAGAAUCUACAAGGACAUAUUCCUUGAUUCUGACUGUAAAGAUACCAGUAGCCGAGACAUUGCCAUUGAAUGGUACCGCAAAGGAUUUGAGCUCCAGUCAAGUCUGUAUUCUGGAAUUAACCUUGCCGUUUUGCUGAUUGUGGCAGGGCAGCAGUUUGAAACCUCUAUGGAACUAAGAAAAAUAGGUGUGCGGCUGAACAGUUUGUUGGGAAGAAAGGGAAGCUUGGAAAAAAUGAAUAAUUACUGGGAUGUGGGACAGUUUUUCAGUGUGAGCAUGCUGGCCAGUGACAUUGGUAAGGCAGUGCAAGCAGCGGAGAAACUGUUUAAACUGAAGCCUCCAGUUUGGUACUUGAGGUCAUUAGUCCAGAACCUGUUGUUAAUUCAGCGUUUCAAGAAACUCACCAUCGAGCAUUCUCCCAGACAAGAGAGACUGAACUUCUGGUUAGAUAUCAUUUUUGAGGCAACGAAAGAAACCACUAAUGGACUGAGAUUUCCAGUUUUAGUGAUCGAACCAACUAAGGUCUACCAGCCUGCAUAUGUGUCAAUCAACAAUGAAGCAGAAGAGAGAACUGUCUCUCUGUGGCAUGUCUCGCCUACUGAAGUGAAACAGAUUCAUGAAUGGAAUUUUACAGCUUCCUCCAUUAGGGGAAUAAGCAUAUCCAAGUUUGACGAACGAUGUUGUUUUCUUUAUGUCCAUGACAACUCUGAUGAUUUUCAAAUCUACUUUUCCACAGAAGACCAGUGUGGUAGAUUCUGUGGCUUGGUUAAGGAGAUUUUGACUGACGCUGUGGGCAGUGCUUUGGAAUUAGAAGGAGAGAUUGAUGGGGACACACUGGAAUAUGAAUAUGACUAUGAUGAGAAUGGCGAUAGAGUGAUAUUAGGGAAAGGUACUUAUGGAAUAGUUUAUGCUGGAAGAGAUCUUAGCAAUCAAGUCCGAAUAGCCAUCAAGGAAAUCCCCGAGAGAGACAGCAGGUAUUCUCAGCCAUUGCAUGAAGAGAUAGCGCUGCAUAAAUAUCUAAAGCAUCGGAACAUUGUCCAGUACCUUGGUUCUGUCUCUGAAGAUGGAUACAUUAAAAUCUUUAUGGAGCAGGUGCCAGGAGGAAGCCUCUCUGCUCUUCUAAGAUCAAAAUGGGGCCCAAUGAAAGAACCCACAAUAAAAUUUUACACCAAGCAGAUUCUGGAAGGGCUUAAAUAUCUCCACGAGAACCUGAUUGUACACAGAGAUAUAAAGGGAGAUAAUGUUCUGGUGAACACAUAUAGUGGGGUGGUAAAAAUUUCUGAUUUUGGGACUUCCAAGCGGCUCGCAGGUAUCAAUCCAUGUACUGAGACAUUUACAGGCACUUUGCAGUAUAUGGCUCCAGAGAUUAUAGAUAAGGGGCCUCGAGGAUAUGGUGCACCAGCUGAUAUCUGGUCACUGGGUUGUACUAUCAUUGAAAUGGCAACAGGAAAGCCUCCGUUUCAUGAGCUGGGGGAGCCACAAGCAGCAAUGUUUAAAGUUGGGAUGUUUAAAAUUCAUCCUGAAAUCCCAGAAUCACUAUCUGCUGAAGCAAAGGCCUUUAUUUUGCUCUGCUUUGAACCUGAUCCGAAUAAGCGUGUCACAGCAUCUGAUUUACUCAAAGACCUCUUCUUAAAACAGGUGAACAAGGGCAAGAAAAACAGAAUUGCGUUCAAGCCAUUAGAUUAUAAUCGUAGUACGUCCCUCCCACUGCCAGUCCAUGGGGAACAGGCUGGCAGUAGCAGCAGUGAACAUGGCUCUGUCUCGCCAGAUUCAGAUGUACAGCAUGAUAUGUUCUUUGAAAAGACAAAGCGAUCUGUUUCAGAGAACCCAACGAAGCAUCCCAUUUCCCACUUAAGUGUUCCUGAUGAGAAUUCUGCCUUAGAGGAUCGGAGUGCUUCUUCUUCCCUGGAGGAUAGAGAUUCUGGUCUCUUUCUGCUAAGGAAGGACAGUGAACGCCGGGCAAUUCUCUAUAAAAUUCUUAAAGAGGAACAAAAUAAAGUUGCUUCAAACUUACAGGAGUGUCUCGCACAGAAUUCUGAAGAACUGCAACUUUCAGUCACCCACAUCAAGCAGAUAAUUGGGAUUUUAAGGGACUUCAUACACUCUCCCGAACACCGAGUGAUGGCAUCCACUAUAUCCAAGCUGAAAGUGGAUUUGGACUUUGACAGCACUUCCAUCAAUCAGAUUCACCUGGUGCUGUUUGGAUUUCAGGAUGCAGUGAACAAAGUAUUAAGGAAUCAUUUAAUUAGGCCUCAUUGGAUGUUUGCAAUGGAUAACAUAAUUCGCCGUGCAGUCCAAGCAGCAGUCACUAUUCUUAUUCCAGAGCUUCAAGCUCACUUUGAGCCAGCUUCAGAGACUGAAGGAGUGGAAAAAGAUGCCGAUGAAGUAGAAGAUGAUUGCCACCCAAUGGAACAAAAUGGAAAUGAGGAGCCAGUUGUCACAUCUGGAGUGAGCACACUCAGUUCCGUGGUGUCACAUGAAUCACAGCAGCAACAUCUUAAUCUGCAGCUAGCCAAACUUAAACAAGAGACGAACAGGCUUUUGGAAGUCUUGGUUCAGAAGGAGAGAGAGUAUCAAACCCUCUUACGGCAAACUCUAGAGCAGAAAACCCAAGAGUUACACCUGCUUCAGUUACAGUCCAAGCCUGCAGAAUUUCAAAGGCCUCCAGGAGCUCCUGUACAGAAUGUAGACCAGGAGCUUCUAGACUGGUUAAGACAACAAGGAGCUGACUCAGAUGCAAUUGAGAGGUUUGCUGAAGAGGAUUACACACUAAAUGAUGUCCUUAAUGAUAUCACUAAGGAUGACUUGAGAUACCUUCGACUACGUGGUGGUCUUCUCUGCAGAAUUUGGAAUGCAAUAUUAAACCACAGAAAAAUGGCUAAUAAGCCCCCAGAAACCAACAGUUAA